GUGAGGGGGUGUGUCCGCGCACCACGGGGGCGCGCGCCAGCCUCUGACUGGAGGCCGCGACGGCGGAGGCGCGAGCUGUCCGAUAAUGGCGGCCUGCAGAGCCCAUGAGAGGGAGAAGCGGCGGCUGCUGCCCUGAGAAACCUUGACCUUGAAGAUGGUGAGUAGCCAGCCAAAGUACGAUCUAAUACGGGAGGUAGGCCGAGGUAGUUACGGUGUUGUAUAUGAAGCAGUCAUCAGGAAGACCUCUGCACGGGUGGCAGUGAAGAAAAUUCGAUGCCAUGCACCUGAAAAUGUUGAACUAGCUCUUCGUGAGUUCUGGGCACUAAGCAGUAUCAAGAGCCAACAUCCAAAUGUGAUUCACUUGGAGGAAUGCAUUCUACAAAAAGAUGGGAUGGUGCAAAAGAUGUCCCAUGGCUCUAAUUCUUCCCUGUAUUUACAGCUUGUAGAGACUUCAUUAAAAGGAGAAAUUGCCUUUGAUCCCAGAAGCGCCUAUUAUUUGUGGUUUGUGAUGGAUUUUUGUGACGGAGGAGAUAUGAAUGAGUAUCUGUUGUCCAGGAAACCCAAUCGUAAAACUAACACCAGCUUCAUGCUUCAGCUAAGCAGUGCCCUGGCUUUCUUGCAUAAAAACCAGAUCAUCCACCGAGAUCUGAAGCCUGAUAACAUCCUGAUUUCUCAAAGCAGGUUGGAUACCAGUGACUUGGAACCCACACUGAAAGUGGCUGACUUUGGCUUAAGUAAAGUUUGUUCAGCAUCUGGGCAGAAUCCAGAAGAACCUGUCAGUGUAAACAAGUGUUUCCUUUCCACAGCCUGUGGAACAGAUUUCUACAUGGCUCCUGAAGUAUGGGAAGGACACUACACAGCGAAAGCUGACAUCUUUGCUCUGGGGAUUAUCAUCUGGGCAAUGCUGGAAAGGAUCACAUUCAUAGACACAGAAACAAAGAAGGAACUUUUGGGGAGUUAUGUAAAACAAGGAACUGAAAUUGUGCCUGUUGGGGAGGCACUUCUGGAAAAUCCCAAAAUGGAACUUCUCAUUCCUGUGAAGAAAAAGACUAUGAAUGGGCGAAUGAAACAAUUGAUUAAGGAAAUGCUGGCUGCAAACCCUCAGGAUCGUCCAGAUGCUUUUGAACUAGAACUCAGAUUAGUACAAAUUGCAUUUAAAGAUAGCAGCUGGGAAACGUGACGUAUUAUUUGCAAGUAUCUUGGAUGAUAUGCUGCUUCUGAUUUAACAGUGAUGCAACAUUAUGUGGCUGAAAAAGAAUACAAAAAGCUAAACUCCACAUUCUAAGGGUUUAGGUUUUAUUAUGGGGUAGUUUUUUUUCCUCAUUUUUCUUAAUCUAAGCAGGCCAUUUUAUUAGUAUGUUUUGAAUGUGUAUUACCAAUGUGGGUGUAAAUUUUUUUUUAAUGAUCAUUGGUAGAAGUUUGGCAGGAAAAUUCUCUUAAGAGCCAAGAAGAGAGUCCAGUUUUCUGAAAUAUGUUUCUUAAGUAUUUUUGACAUUCCUUGUCAGUAUUAGGCAUUUCCAUGGAGGAAGAGGUUUGCAUGCUGGUAAUGCAACCUUUGAAGCUUUGUAAAGGAAACAUAUGUAUAUAUUUAUGUAUAUGUAAGUAUGUGAAUGUGUGCAUUUUGCAUUCCAUAUGAAAAAAAUGCCACUUCUGUUUAAAUUAUUUGAUAUAGGUUUGGGUUUUUGAGAUUUGCUGGUGAAAUCAGUGAUGAAAAAUAAACAAACCUUACCUUAUCUUCCUUCCCUGUCCCUCCCUCAAAUGAAAACAUACUAAGGGGUUUUUGUUCUGUUUUGUUAGUAAUAUUAUACAGGUUUUUUCAAAGGCAUCAUUUUGGAGGCUGUAAAAUUACUGGUUAAACGUAAUUGAAGUUAAAGCAAUUCAGAGCUGCUGGAUCAUGUUUGAAUUCUCCAGUGUCCUAUAGCUACUAGAGUUGAGUUAGUCAUGCAGUCAUUUGGUAGGUAGCAGGUUGGCAAGGACGUUGAUGGUUCAGUCAUACCUUAUUGGGUAACUGCACUAGGUUAACUGCACUAGGCAAACCACUGCACUGGGACAUGUCUAUACUUGAGCAUCUACAGCCUGAUUCUUCGGUUUCUGAAAACAUUGCUAUAAAUGAACUAUAGUACUUGAUAUAUUAAUAUUGGUUUUAAGACUUUGUCUAAGCCUGAGCAUAAAGUUUAAGAAACCAAAUGAGCUCUACCCUCGCAUUGCCUUCCCUGCUAUAGUCUCUUGUUGGAUCACUGGAGUUCCUUUCAUUUUGGCACUGAUGCUAUUUUCUCCUGUCUCAUUUGAGACAGUAAUGAUAGUGAUAAUAGUUGUCUUAAAUAUUGGUCACUUUUUUCUAAAGUGGGAGAUAAUACAU